AUGAAGGAAAAUAGCAGCCUUGGGGUGAUUCGGCUGAGUGUGCAUACUACACCGGUGGAGUUGCGUGAGAAACUUGCUAUACCAGAAACUUGCUACACCGGUGGAUUAGUUUUGCAGCCAGUGUUGUCUAUAGCAGAUCACAAAGAAAAGUCGUUUCUUCAAAUUCCACUAGAUUACAGUGCUAUAGCUACAAGUGCUCUGGAUACCGUCAGUGAACGCUUGGUUCAAGAUGCUCUCAACCAUUUGAUGAAGGGGAGGACAACAUUAGUCAUAGCUCACAGGUUAAGCACAGUUCAAAAUGCUUAUCAAAUUGCACUCUGUUCAGGUGGGAGGGUUGCGGAACUAGGCACUCAUUUUGAGCUGUUGGCUAAAAAGGGCCAGUAUGCUUCACUGGUUGGCACUCAAAGGCUUGCAUUUGAAUAA